GAGGAUAGCGGACAAGAACACUAUCUACCACCUGUGUGUGUGUGUGUGUUUCGUGAAAGAAGCGGCUUCACAUAUACACGCAAAACAAAACAAGGUACGAUUUAGGACGGACUCUUCAGCCGCUGCUCCGGUUUCCGUCGUCGCCCACUUCUUUUUUUUUUGAAUUAUUUGUUUAUCUGUCUCCCCCGACGUUACUGCUCAGAUUUGCAUCGACUUUUCUUUCUUUCUUUUCUUUCCUCUUCCUUACGCUCGCUCACACUGGACCCGCGAAGCAUCGAGGGCGUCUGUGGGUGUCGUUCAUAUAUAUUUAGUGCUCUUCCUCGACAGGUGUAAUUCGCUUGUCUGCGAGGGUUCUUACUUUUGUUUUUGUUUCUCUCUCACCCGCUUUCGGCGAGAAACGCUAACCAUUUUCAGGGGUGUUCAGCGCCACGUAAAUCGUGAAGAGUAAAGAGAACAAAAAGAAGCAGCGGAGAAGCAGGACAGAAAGGAAGGGAAGGGAGCGCGGUGCGGGAAAGGUUCGCUUCGUUGUUGUUGUUUUGUCUUCUUCAUCACGACAGGCACGCCAACCUGCGCUACCCCGAGUGGCCUCGGAGACGUUAAUCCUGUUCUCCCACGGCCUUUUUCUUUCCCCUUUCGUAAUUGAUGCUGGAGCGACGUGAAGGCUACGCACCUUUGAUCUUCGUCACCUGCUCCUUUUUUUGUUUGCUUCGGCUCUGCCUUCUCUGUGCCCCCCACUACUGUUCUGACCCCUUAGUCGCAAAAGGCUUCCUAAGCGUAGCCACCGCUGGUUUAUUUGACUAUUAUUAUUAUUUUCUCCUCAUUGAAAUCAGUGUUUGGUAGAACCUGUACGAUAUCAAAAACAAAAAAAGAAGAGGGCGAAUCUGCGCUCUUUCUCCGCGGCUGGUCAAGUUUAUUAUUAUUAUUUAUGAUUGUUUCAUUUCCGGCUACUCGCACGGCGUGUGUCGUCUUCUUUCAUCUUCCAACGGUGGUCUUCCUAAUCAUUUUUUAUUUUCUCUCUGUGUGUGUGCGUUGAUGUACGCGGGUAGGUGCGUACUUGUCUCUUCUCCUGUUUGGAUGCUGUAAAGACGCAUUUUUGUGUUCUCUUUAUUAUUAUUAUUAUUAUUAUUAUUGAGGAGGAGUCCACCGUGUGCUUGCACUCACCGCUGUCGACGCACCUGCAGUUCCUGGCGUGUCUGAAAGGUGUAGCUAAACGGAAGAGGCUAUCGUGUUUUUCUGUUUUUUUUUGGGGGAAAAAAGGAUAAUAUAUAUUGAAAUACGAAGAAGAUCAAAAGUAGUACUCAAACCUAGCCUUUCUCUUUUCAUUUUCUUCUCUCUCUACUCGUGGAAAAGGGAAGAAAAGCGGUGCCGUGAGAACCUCUCGCAUAGAUGCUGUUGGCGUGUUCGUCUGGUUUGGCUCGUAUAUAUUGUUUUGCUUUACAAAAAAAAUCAGUAUUAAUGCAUGUAUAAAAUAUAUUGUAAACUUCGGUGUUUUAUUCAGGUGCCCUGUGGUUCGUAUCGGAGCCAUUCUUUUGUUUGUUUUUUCCCUCCCUCCCUCUCUUUCUUUCUCUCUCGCUCCGAACCCAAAAACGAAGAACGGUUGACGGAAAGAACACGAGCAGCGGCCUUACGUUUCAUUCUGCUGUGUGUGUGUGUGGAUGUGGAUGUGUGUUUGGGCUUUUAUUAAUAUUACUUCUUGUUUUCCGGUGCUUUGCUUCUUCUUCCUCUUUGCUUCCCCACUUUCGUCUCCCUUCUUCCCUUAGCUCCUUAUUUUGAUUACUAUUAUUAUUUCGGAACAUUAAUAUCUGGAAAGAAAAAUACGACGCAUCGCUCUGCUGUACACUGUGCCAUUCUCUCGUGUUUCGUAUCUUUAACCUUCUUCUUUCUGUUGUUGUUUUUUAAUUAUUUUUCUCUCUCUUUACACCGCGAAUUGCAUCAUAUUGCAGGUGCUGUGGUGCGGUGUCGUUACGGUCGUGCCUCCUGCGCAAACUCAAUCGCUGUUUUUUUUUUUUUUCGGAGAGUGCCAUAGCAGGUGUGGAACAGAAGAAUAUAUACAUAUUUGUAUAUCUACAUAACUGGCGCCUUCCCUCCGCACUGUUGACCUCUCCCUCGGCGGGAACCUCGUUACGGACGCAUCACUAGCUAUUUUUGUUUUCCUUGCUGCUGUCAGUUGUGUGUGUGUGUGUGUGUUCUGGUCCUCGUUUCGUUCCUUUUUUUGUUUUUUCCACCCUUUGAUACCUCAAGUAUUUUACUCCGUCUUUAAAUUUCCUCUUCAAUUUCCCUUUCUUGUUCGCCACGCUGCCUUCUAAAACGUUCUCCCUCCCUCUCCCCAGCCCAUAACGCCCUUCUCUCCUUGAUCACAAGCUGUUGUCUCCCGACCAGCAGCGUUGCAGCGACGACUUACACGGUACGGCUGCUGCUGCUGCUGCUUGAGUGUGCGUUAUUGUGCUUUCCCUCUUUUUCUUUCUACAGACUCUCUUGUUCUCCCUCUCACCAUCACCGUCUUUUCUUCUUAUUAUUAAUAUUGUCUUUCCACUGUGUGCGUCUCCUUAUCCUUCCCUCUUCGCGACAGUCCCUCGGUACUCUUUGCGUUCGCUCUUUAUCAAAAGCAGUGAAGCCUUUUCACUUUAAUUAAAGAAAGGCAGAAGAAUAAAAUAAUAGGGGGAGAAACGCGGAGUUGCGGGCAAGGAGAGCCAACAGAGAAUAACAAUAACAACGGUUUACGUCGAAUCGAACGCUCUGACGCUCGUCGCACGCUUAGCGAGACGUUGGCGUGCCUUACUUCCUAAUACCAGCUUGGUGCCUUAAAAGGUAAUUUCUUCUUUUUCUUUUUCUUGCUUCGUCGUCGUUGUUUGUCAUCUUUCUUCGCCACAUAUCUCGUCGAAGCUGCUUUUGUAUUAUUUUUCUUCACAUUUCUAUUCUUUAUUCCCUCUUAAUUGAUGUAUAAAUAAAUAAAUAUAUAUAUAUAUAUAUAUAUAUAUUCCAGCAACACCAUUUACGGCCUGUGUCGUCGCUGCGUUGACAUUUCUGUUGCACGCGUACGGCACCUGCGUCACUUGCACUUCCCUGAGCUGACAACUUACUCGCUUAUCGUUGUCUGUGUGUGUGUUAGUGCCGUUGUGUGCGUGGUUUCGUUGAAACCUCGGUAAUCUUCUGGGUCUCUCUCUCUAAAGAUAUAUAUAUAUAUAUAUGUGUGUUCCUUCUUGUGAGUUUGUUGCUGCAUUUUCUGGGUAACGCAGCUUUUUUUUUUUCUCUUUUCAAGGGUCCGUCUUUUCGUCGUAGCGCUUCUCUCCUCUCCUCCUCCGUUUGUAAACGACUUACAUGGAUAUAUAUAUCCUCUUUAUUUACUUACAUUGCAAGUGCGUGAGUUCUCUUGGUUGUUGAAUAAUAAUAAUAACAUUUAAAAAGAAAAAGGUCAGGGAAGGACAACGGUAGGAGUCCACGCCGGCUUUGCUUCACUUUAUUUUUUCUUUCUCGUACGCUCGUACCUUUUUGGCGACAUCAACAUCUCUCUUCUGUUUGCUGUAUUUGCUGAGUACGACAGCCACUGCUUCUUCGUUUGCUUGUUUGUUGCUGUGUUUGUUGCUGUGUGUGUGUUUGUGCGUGUUCGCGUAUAACAUCUACACGCUUGCGUUUCUUCUCCUCCUCCUUCUCGUUUUGUUUUGUUUUUGAAGUCCCUCGCGAGUCCACGCCAUACAGAAGAAACCGGAGGGCGGUGCAUCAGCGGCAUGGGUGUGUUACCUUCGCGGGAAGCCGCCGGCAGCAUACGCACGCUCCGCUACGGCAAUCACGAGAUUGGGCUUAUCCCCUUAACUCGUGAGUUCUUCAACGACGAAAACCCCGAGCUGUGCCGGCAGCUGAUUCGCGUACGCAAUGAUCCAAAUGUGCGCUAUUGCCACAUGCGUGCCGCGGGCUACAGCAUGGAUGAGCUGCCGCCAGCCUCGUACGCGCAGGAGGACCUCGACGCCUUGAUCGACUCCGUCGAGGAGUCCCUCUUCGACACCAACGCGGAUUUCCUCAACGCGGGGGCCGGCCCCGUCGCGUCCUUCACGGUGGCCGAGAUGCAGCGGAUUCUGCAACGCGAAGGCCUCAUCGACCCCUUUGAUCCCCAGCUAGGCAGCUGCGCCACCGCGGCAGACGCGAAGCAGCACUCUGAGGUCGCAGCAGCAGCGGCAUCUACUCUAGAGAACAGAAACAGCAACACUGACAACGACGACGACAGCGCCACGGCCAGCAAUAAAGUGCAAACCACCACCACUGCCGCUGCAUCAGCAGGCGGAGGUGAAGACGAUGCCCAUAAAGGCACGUCGAACGCUGCGAGUGCGGCCCCUUCCGAAUCGCCUCCGCUUCCCGAACUGUGCUUCACGAAUACCGACGGCGAGGAGAUGGCCGCCCCAGCGCACGCCCCGCCGCGCAACGUGGAGGGCACGUUUCUGAGCUUAAAAGCGGAGUUGCAGCGGUUUUGCCGUGAAGUGGAGACGAACGAUCCCACCGACUACGCCGCAAGGGCUGCCGCGCUGCAGGAUCUGUUUCAGUCUGUGGCGUACCGGCGCUUCAAGCGUUCCGUGCGCCCCCUCCCGUGUGCGGUGGUCUUCAUCUACAUGAGCACCCGCGAAGAGCACGACUGCUUCGCCUUUCGGGGGCAUCGCAUUAAUGUGAUCGGCUUCUUUGGGCUGCGCACCUACGAGGACAGGCGCGACGACGCCCUGCCGGUCUUGCAGAUACGUAAAGGGAUCGUGAAGGCGGCGGGGGAUCGGACGCUGGAGCGCGUGCUGGCGUUGGCCUCGAAAUCCUUCGUGGACGGCUUUACCGAUGUAGUGCUGCAGGAGCUGCAAUGGCGGCCGGCGUCUGCGCUGUUGAAGGACAUCAGCGAGGAGGCGCGCGGGCUGCUGCGCGAGGUGCCACCGACACCGGACGAGCCACCACAGCAACAACCACAAUCGCCGCUGCUACCACAGCCACAGUCCCCGCUCGAUCCCCCCAAUCCGCUGCCCAUUGGUACCGCCACCACCACCACCGCAGCAACAGCCAGCGCGGAGCCGAACUACCGGCCCAACUCCAUCGCCAACGCGCUCUUCUUCGAGCGGAUGCGCAAGUUCCCGCUGCUGUGCCUCGGCCUGUUCAACAACUACCCCACACUAAAGUUCAUCUUUGACUUCUCUGCGCUGGCGAUCAGCAUCGAUGAGGGCCGCACCGGACCGAAGGAGCUCAUGCGGCUCUGCACCUACAAACGCGAAAAAGACGAGCGGGGGCUGGCCUUUCUCUUCCCCGGUCGGCUGCUCGCCUACACGUGGCUGUGGAGUGCGACACAGAUGCAGCUGCCGACGGUGCGGGACUCGUGGGUGCAGUACACGCUGAACGACUACGCGCAGUCUCGCGAGCGACGCGUGCAGCAGUGGCUGGAAAUGAGUCCAACCGCCAAGGUAGUCCUCGGCAACGAGACCACGACGCGUAUAUUCCUCGAGCACCUGGACUGCCUGCACAGCGAAAUUGUGCGAGCCCGCACGACGUCGACGGAGGAUAGCAAGGCGUGGGCACCCGUGCAGGAGCACAGCUACGACGCAAAGCUGUACCGCAUAUUUAUCUCGCCGCUCUGUGGCCCACUCCUGACGACCGUCAAGGAGCCAAAGGGCGAAACCAGCAAGGGAAGUGGGGGGAAUCCAUCACGGAAGCAGCAGCAGCAGCAGCAGCAACAGCAACAGCAACAGCGAGUGCGCAGUGAAUCGAAAUCCAUCGCACCUGCCAGCCCAGUACGCAAGACGAACGCCAGCGGCGACGCGAAAAGUCCACGGGAGGGCAAAGCGGGGGCGCCUUCGCAGCUGAGCACCGCGGCAAGUCCAGGAGGCGUAGAAACAACAAAAGGGUUGACGAAUGCGUCCUCUGGUCAGCCGAAAGCUUCAUCGAGUCACGCAGCCAUCACUGGCGCAGCAGCAGUAACAGUAACAGUAACAGCAGGACCUGCACCGUCGAUGCCGGCCUCGUCAAAGCAGCCAGACACGCGAGAGAAGAACGCCAACGCCGCAGCACCGUCCUCUGCGACGGCGGCAGCGGGAGGAGGAGGCGGAGGAGGAGGAGGAGCACAUGCCGCACCGCCGCCGAGCUACUCCGCCGUCACGCAUGGCAUCUACCCGAUUUCUAGUGCACCGGCGUACCUGACCCAGAAGACGCUGCAGCAGAUGUACCUGCAGGCGAUCGGUGGCAUCGCCGUGCCCACCACGCCGUCUGGGGCGCCGUGGGUGGUGCCACAGUUCCUACACCCACCGCCGCCGUCGUCCUCCAUUACAAGUCUCGUAUCGUCCGGCAGCUCCUUCGGUCCACCGCCACCGCCGCCGCUACCGCCGUCCCCGCCAAGCAGCGCGCCUGCCGCGACGACUGGUGGGGCAGCUGGAACCUACCUUCUGCAGAUCGGUAGCGAUGGCAAGCAGUCCUUAGUGCCCCUCGCCCUCGGAUCAAGUCCGCCGAUGGACCCCGGAAACACCGCGGCGUUCCUGUCCCCUUACCAAAUAUCUGGCCUCGGCAGCUCUGCGCUCGCCCCACAACAACAACCCACCUUCAUCGCGUCCGGUGCCGCAGGGUCAGGCAGCUACCCCGUCCUACCCCCGAAUCCACCAACGCCUCCCCAGCAGCAGCAGCAGCAGCCCACACCGCAGCUCUUCCCACUUGCGCCGCCCGGUGGUGCAGGCGGUGGAGGGGUGUACUACGCACCCGCCACCAGCUACGCGCCAGCGAGCUACAUUACGCCGCUACACGCCCCUCAGCCAGUCUACCCAGCGCCCAUGCCCACCGUGACGAUGCCACUCUCCGUGCAGUAUCCUUUUUAUCCACCACCGACGAUGCCCGCUACGUCGGCGGCGGCGUCCGCGUCUGCUGCCGCUGCGGUCACGGUGAACCUCGACGCCCCCACCACUGCAAUAGCCGCAGCACAGCAGCAGCAAAUGUAUCGCCCAGGGGACAGCUUAAAUACGAUGCCGGACGUGAACGUCCAGGCGCACCCGGCACCGCCACCUUCGUAUCCGAUGCACACCUCGCUGACCGACCCGUCCCCCGCCGUGCCGACGACGCCACCACCUGCCGCCUCCACGCCGCAGGUAAAUCCACAGCCGCCGUCUAGUGUGCGUCUAACGAGGUCGCAGAGGCGGCGGCGGGCAGCGCGGAAAGCAAAUCUGUCGGAAGAAAGUGAGUUAGUUGCCAACGCGCUUCGCCUGCUGGAUUGA